AUGGCUGAUUCGCAGAUGGACAACGGACAGGCACCGGAAAAUGUUAACAACCAAGAUGAGAAUGUGAUGAGUGCCGAGAAUUUUGAUGUGCCGACUGAGGCUCAAGAAGUACAAGUGCCCGAGGCUCGUCAAAUGGCGAUGAUCGACGAUGAUGAGGAGGGAGAAGCAAACGGAGAACAAAGUCAAGCUGCAGCCAUAGAAAUACCGAUGGAAGUUAUGGAUCAUGAUUACUACACGUUCGAUGCUUCACAACGCUCCAACAACGCUGAUUCGCAAGAAUUCCCGGAGAUUCCGCCACUUGACAUUUUCGAUAAUUCAUCCGGCCAGGAAAUGGACGUGUCUCGAGCCGAGAAACCCUUUUUUGAAAGCCCUCCUUCAACUUUCGGUUCCCGUGGACAACCGGUUAUAGCUGGUGGUAGUGGCGGUGCAUACAGAAAUGCGCCAGAUUCUCGACGGCUGCUCAUUGGAGGACAACAAUUUGCCUAUUCGAAUUCUCAACGCCUUUAUCAGCAAACACAAAGAUCAUCAGAAUAUGCAUCACCUUCGUAUGUUGCUACUCCUGGAUAUCAAAACAGUGGAGUGGCUAGCAUUCGCCGCAUUCAGCCAGUUCAGUCAACUGCAGGCACCCCAGCGCAAAUGAAUGUUAGAAAAUCGCUUCCCGCUCAAAGAGCAUCUACCACUCCUAUGAACAAGACAAUGACUCGCGUAAUGCCACCACCGAUUCCUCAGGCUGAACCUCCACAUAGAGCUCUCUUGACUGGUAAACAGACGUCAACAAUGUCCCCCGGCUUGGCUUAUCAAGCGCAAGUUCUCACUCCACAAGCUGACGAUUCAAUAGCGGCUCCUAGAGGCGGUGCACCAUUACUUGUUGCUGGACGAGGUGCAAAACCCGUGAUUCGCGGCCGAGGUUCAGCUGGCACGGUCCGUAGAAAAGAUGGCGAUGGUGAGGACGCUUACGAUGAACAUUUAGCACGAGGAAGUCCAAGAAAAGUGAACUUUAUUGACGGUAUUGCUCCUGGUGGCACAACGAUUACCUCGCCUUCUGGCACCGUGAAUUUAGUCGUUGGUGCUCCUCCGCAUGGAUCUAUGCACAUGUACGAUCGCUCACUUGAGCACAGUUUCCAAGAUGCUGAUGCCGCCGUUCAACAAAAUUUGCACGCCAUUCAACAAUCGAUGGACGAACAACGCGACCCAAGAUCACAUCAAAUGGUUCAACACCGAGAACCAUUGCCGAUUAGUUAUAUGAGCAAAUUGAAUGAUGGCGAGUGCUCAUUCCGAACUUUGGCGUACACGGAUACUGUAAAGUUGAAGAAUACAUUUCCUGAUGUGCCGGUUGAUCCAGUACCCGAACCACGCCCCAGAGGUCGUCCACGUGGUUCAACAAAUCGAACAAGAUUAUCUUCACAGAGUGGAGCUAGCCCUGCAGCACCGAUUACGCCUGUAGACAAUUCGAGCCCUCGCCGUGUCACUGGAAAAAGCCCGCCGAUGAAACCAAGUGGAAGCAAGAGUCCCGUUAAGGGAUCGUUUGUUAUGGUCGAGGAAAUUGAACAGAUGCCUCCACUAGUGCCACCACAGCUUCCAACUUUGGUCUCAAAUAUUGCUCCCCAAUUUGAGCCAAAGAAAGAACAAAAGCCGCAACCACUGAUCGCCAAUGGAUUCAAAGCAGAAACUCCGGUUCUUCCACCUGCACCAUCACCUGUUCCAUCAGAGGAUUCUGACACUGACAGUGAUUAUAGUCACACGACGGCUGAAGAGGAAUGGGGCGAUUACGUCACUAGAUGCUGGUGUGAGUUGAAUCAUAAUGACGAAAAUAUGAUCCAAUGUGAGAAAUGCGAUGCAUGGCAGCAUAUGAAAUGUAUGGGCAUCCCUUAUACAAAACCACCAGAGAAAUAUUUGUGCGAGCGGUGCGAUCCCCGCAAGCUGAAAUUAAACAAGGAACAGGCAAGAGAAUAUCAAGAACGUAAGCAAGCGGAGCUUCUGAAAGAGACUACAAAAAGACGCGCUGACCGUAAAAAGCGGAACGAGGAGCACAAAAAGGCCAAAGAGACAAGGAAGGCGCAAAAGCGAGCUGAGCAUGCUAAAAAUCGAAUUAAGAGAAAUGAGGCAAUGCGGCCCGUUUCUGGGCUCCAAUUCCGGAAGUACACCGACAUCAAAGAGAACGAAUAUUCUGAUCGAGCGAAAAAAUUGCUGCAACGUUUUGCUUCAACUCAAGGCGCCGCCCAUGUUGUUCAAAAUGUGCGUUCGGCGGAGCAAAAGUACGGCAGAAUGUUUGUGGCUCCUAGUCUUGAAGGUCUCGUCGCAAUCAAAGACAUUCCAAAGAACGAUUUGGUGAUAGAGUAUCUCGGAUUUGUCUCGACCCCUUCAGAAUGCCCUGGCCGCGAGAAGGAAGGCUAUGUACAACCUCAUUGUGUGCUCUAUUCUGGUGUUGCUCCAGAUUGUCCCCUGGUUAUUGAUGCUCGUCGGAAAGGAGGCGAUAGCCGAACAGUUCGUCGCUCUUGUCGACCAAACACCGUUUUGAAACAUGUCGUUUUGGAUGGUCACAUUCAUGUUCUUCUCAACGCGACAGAACCGAUCGAAAAAAGUGCAGAGAUAACGAUUCCAUUUGAUUCCGAUUAUCAAAAAUGCCCCCGUGCUUUGGCUUGUGCAUGUGGUGAUGAAGCUUGUUGCCCAAUUGCUGACUUCAAUGCCCGUAUCAUUGCCCGAUCUCCGACACCCACACCGAAGCGCAAACUCAGUACAGGAGCUGUUUCUGCUAAAAAAGCGACACCAUCCUCAAGUAAAGCAACCCCAGCAAGCGCUAAGAAAGGAGGGAAAAAGUCACAAAAGGGAGCAAAGCCACAAGGACGGCAGCCGAUGAUUAAACUUCGACGCCACGACACUAAAGAGGCACGUGAACCAAAAGAGGAAGCGGAGCUGAGUGAGGAAAACGACGACGAACAAGGAGUCAUUCAAGAUAAUCGCGCGACUCGUGCUGCUAGAAGAAGUGAACUGCAACCAGCCAGCACCGAAACACCUCCGGCUGAAAAUGCAAGUGAACGCCGAGAAACAAGACGCCAGAAAAAGGAAUCCGAAGGAGAACUCAAAGAACCGAUACAAGAAACAACUUCACCAAGAGGUCGUGGACGUGGAAAGGCUGUGAAAGAAGAAACAACAGAGGCAAGUGUAGAAUCGGAAGAAGAACCAAAGCCACGAACGACUCGCAAAUCUUUGAUGGAUAACCAAGUGAAGAGCGAGCCAAAAUCACCAGUGAAACCAGCCAGCCGCUCAAGAAGUCGCAUUGAACAAGCUGCGACACCAGCCACUGAUACAAGCAAAAUGACUAGAGAAGAGCGAAAGCUGCAGAAAGAAAUGGAGAUUUUUGAAAAAAUGGCAAAGGAUAUGGGCACUAAAUCGAAAUCUCCCGCCAAAGAAAUAGCUAUUGAAAAACGAAAUCGACGUGGAUCAGAGAAAUCUUCGAUAACACCAUUGACUCCAACUCGAGAACGAUUGCGUGAUCGAACUGUGAAAGCCUCGCCACAAAAGGAUAACACGGAGAAAGAACCAACGAGGUCACAAAUCGCUUCACCGGCUGUUGUACCAUUGAAGAAGCGAUGGCAAAUGGAACAGAAACAACGAGAAGAGGAAGAGGCAGCCGCCACAAUUAUUACACCAACAGUGCCGGACUUCUCACAAGGAAAGAAGGCUUUCCUUCUUCGUCGAGCGCAAGCCGAUCGCGAAAAAGAAGAGCCUGCACCCCCAGAUCCAGCACCAUCUUCACCACAAGCUCUUCCAAACUUUACGCAACCUCUCAAGAAACGAAGACAUGUGGAGAUGGACGUGUCGCAAACAUCGGUCGGCGACCAGAUCUCACAUCCGUACAUGUCCCCAAAUGCAUCUUCAUCAAAAGCAUCACCAUCCAAACAAGGUAACGAGCCUUCAUUACGUGAGCUGCUUAAAGAAUUUGCACGUGGACUUGCUUAUCAACCAGCCAUCAACUAUGAAAUAAAGGAGGGACCCAAUUGGCCUGCAGUCACUGAAAUCAAAAGAAAGAAGUUGUCACUGGAAGAAUAUAAGCGACGAAGAACCGGCCCUAUCACACCGAGCACUUCGACGGACGUUGAACCGCCAGCGAGAGUGGCCGGCAAGAAGAGCUUCAUUCCAAAUAUUCACGACUCUGACAACGCGCCUGCUCACUUGGCACCAGUCCCCGAUCCGAGAAGUCUUUCUACCGACUCUGCCCUUACUUUUGAUGAAUUGAAGAAGCGAGUCUAUGGGCAGACUUUUAUGACUGAAUCCACCUCCGAAUCUCGUCUUGAACCUCCGCCUCCACCGCCGGUCCUUAGAUCUCCCAUGAAGUCUCCACCACGAGCCGCUCCUCCGACCGAUGCAAUCGGAUCUCCCCAAGAAUCAACUCCAAGAGCGAUGUCUGUUGCCGAUCGUCUGAGGAUGCAAUUCGGACAUUUGAUGCAACCA